AUGCAUUUUUCAUAUCACACUGUUUAUUCUGUUUUUAUCUUGGCAUUAUUUAUUUUUUAUAACCCAACGCUAUGUCAUGAAUUGUUCAAGUACACUCCAGAAGAACUUAUAGACAGAGACUUAUUUCAUCUUCAAAAAGCAAGGAUCGCCUUUUCUCUUAAUAUUAAACCCAUAACUUAUCCCGAUAAGUGUGAAUUAAAACAAUUAAAUUUGAUCAGUAGACACGGAUCGAGAUAUCCAGAUCCAGAUGAUUAUGUUGCCUACGGAAAAUUGGAAAAAGUAUUUGCUAAUGUUCCUGUUGCAAAAAAUUGGUAUAAAAAUAUUUUCCCACCGAUUAAGGUAUUUCAAAUGGUCAAACGAGGAGAACUCGAAAUGUUUUACGAUGGCUUGCAAUCUCGUAAAAGAUAUUCAAAAUUUUGGAAAGGAGUUAAAUAUGACCCUGAAGUUAUAAAAUUUCAAAGUUCAGCUACUUCAAGAGCCGGUGCAUCGUCAAUGGCUUAUUCCGAAGGAUUAUUCAAUGGCAAAGGCUCUUUAGACACUUGUAAAAGUCAGCCUGUAUACACUUCGUCUAUACCAGAGAUGCAAGAUGGGGUAUUGGUACCAUGGAUUUCCUGCACACGUUGGUUUAACACUGUUUAUUCUAAUAACAGUUUGUUCGACGAACAAAGUUAUAUAUAUGGCAACAAUACUCUAGCACCAAUUGCUGAGCGUAUUUCCAAAGCACACGGUAUAAACCCACCUCUUGAUCCACGUUUGGUACCAUUUAUUUUUACUAAUUGCCAAUUUUAUAUCGCUGUUUAUAAUCGAACUGACACAUGGUGUACAUUGCUGAAACCUGACGAGUUUCUAUUAAUACGAUAUUAUUGGGAUAUGCGUGUAUAUUAUUUAUUACAAUAUGGUAAUCCUAUGAAUAGACAAGUGGGCUGUGCCUACAUUACUCAACUUGUAAAUGAAGUUGAUAGUUAUUUAAAUGGGACAUCUCCUACGAUAGCUAAUCUAAAGUUUGCCCAUUCCUAUACUAUGCUUAUGAUUUUUACUUCAAUGGGAUUAUUGAAAGAAGAACGCCCACUCACGGCAGAUUUCACCCUUGAAGAAAUUAAAAAAGUCAAAAAAACAGAAUUUGUAGCACUACACUGGGGCAGCACGUUCUAUUUAGAGGUAUAUACUUGUCCAGAGGGUAAAGCAUCAAUACGAGCAGUUCUUAAUUAUAAACCGCUUCUGAUUCCUGGUUGUGAAAGCGAGUAUUUCAAAAGAUAUUGA